CGAUUCGUUCCUCCUCUCGCUCGCGCAGUCCCGUGACUCUCCUUCUCGUCUCCCCUCCUCACCUCACCUCCUCUCCCGAAACUCCCUCCCUCCCACGAAGCCAUGGCGUGCACCUCCAGAUCCGCGCGUUGCCCCACCGCGUGAACCCCAUCUCGGCCAGAUCCAGGGCGAGGCCGGAGGCGGACGGGCGAGGGGCGAGGCCUCGACCCCCAAAUCGCAGUGCUGCCUUUCCCCUUCCUCAACCAACCAUGGCCCCGUCGUGGGUUUUGCUCCCCCCGGAACUUCCGUUCACCCACGACGCGGGGCUAUUCAGCGAGGCCAGCCAACAGUCAAAGGGCUGGAUGAGCGAAGGAAGACCACCACGUCCUGAAGAGACGCGAGGAGCGAUCACCGCAUACCUAGAAAGCUUGAAACCCGAUGCGCAUUUCGCGGAUCCACCGGAGAUAUCCUACAUCCGUCUACUCCGGCCGACGGAAUCCGUCCCACCCCUGUGCGGGGUCGUUGACUCAGCCUGGAUCUCGAGCAUAGACAAGCAUCUGUUUGCCCUGUAUGCCGGUCAAUACCGGCCUGGCAGUGACAUCUGUGCUAGAAAUGGAGGUUAUCUGAUCUACGACGCCAGGAAGAACUCUCUCUCGCCGAUUCCAGAAAUCCCAUACCACAUGUCCCAGUCCGCCAUCGGGUACGAAACGGCGGUUGUUGUGUCCUUCGAUGGCGAUGGCGCAGGUGAGGGAGCCGGCUAUGUUCUUGCCGAACUGACGAAAAAAGAAAGGCUCAAGGAAGGCUCCGAAGCCGAACUCUUCUUGUGGCAGUCGUCUAGUCCAGGUUGGGUUAGUAAAAUUGCUGUGCUGCCGCCCGAGGUUUGUUCGCCCACCACUGAUUUCUGCGCCGACAAGUGCUUCUCAUUUGGGGGCUUUCUCUGCUGGGUAGAUCUCUCCAAAGGCAUGCUGGUCUGUGAGUUGUGUAACUUGCAAGAAGACAACGAUUUGAAGUUCCGUUAUAUUGCAUUGCCUGAUAAUUGCCCCACUUAUGAUCUCUUCAGCCCUGAGAAUCAAACGCUGCAGGUGCAAGAAUUUCGUUCCAUUGGGUGUGUUGGCGGCCAGAUCAAGUUUGUUAGCGUGGAUGAUCAAGUUGGGCACCUGCCUGGGCACAAAUUAGAGAUGAAUACAUGGACUCUUUCUUCUGACCUUACAGAGUGGAAGGAUGGCAAGAUGUACAAUCUUGGAAAGAUCUGGGAGAAUGGGACUCAUUUGUUACAUGGCAUGCGGAAGCUAGCGCCUUCUCUUCCUUUCCUUAGCAAGCAUGAAGACAACGUUGUUUAUGUAGUCUUUAAUGAUAUGAGGGUGGUGGGCAGUCAUUUGGAGUGCAAAGGGCAGUACUUAGUCCGUAUCGAUAUGAAGAAUGAUGAUGUGAAGUUCUAUCGGCAAACUACAUACCGGAUUCUGUCACAGCUCUUCACCUGUGAGAUCGGUGCAGACCAACAGGGCUUAUUGGAAGACCAACAGGAAGGUGAUCCCCCAAAAGUGAAAGUUGAAUUCGGAGGUGAACCACAGGAAAACAACCCUGCUAAAUUAACAGCAAUGGGACUUGCUAUCAGCAUGCCACCUGCAUCCAGGUUCAAUGAAAAGAGGAGACCAGGGGAUGGUGAUGACCAAACUUGUAAUGCUGCAGCUCUUAGAAAAACAAAGAUAUAACCUGCUUAUGAUUAUGAUGGCAAUGAACAAGGAGCUGGUGGCCUGAGUAAGGCUGGUAAGGAAGUAAAAACGCUGGUCCACUGUAAAGCUGGACAAAGUGAAUCUGAUGACGAUGAAGA